CUUAAGAUGACACCAAGAUAGGAAAGGAAACUCGAGUCCCAGCCAUGGAGAGCAGACUCUCCGCCUCUCUAGGCCUCCCCUCUCCAAACCCAGGCCACCACCAUUCUCAAACCUCCGAUGACUUCCACAACCUCUUCACCCACUUCGCCUCCCCAACCACAUCUCACAUCCCAUUCUUCGCCUCCACCACCACCGCCACCAAAUGGGCCUCCAACACCCGCCCGCCCAAGGCCAAGUCCAUAAUGAAGAACCUCUCCGUCUUCGAGCGGGCCCUCAUCGGCGCCGGCGGCGGAGGCAUCGCCGGAGCCUUCACCUACUUCUGCCUCCACCCCCUCGACACCAUCAAGACCAAGCUCCAGACCAAAGGCGCCUCCGAAGUCUACGCCAACGCCUUCGACGCCGUCCUCAAGACCUUCCAGACCAAGGGCGUCCUGGGGUUUUACAGCGGCAUCUCCGCCGUCAUCGUCGGCUCCACCGCCUCCUCCGCCGUCUACUUCGGCACCUGCGAGAUGGGGAAGUCGUUUCUCUCCAAAUUACCCAACUACCCCCCGAUCCUCAUCCCUCCCACCGCCGGCGCCAUGGGCAACAUCGUCUCUUCGGCCAUAAUGGUGCCCAAGGAGCUCAUCACGCAGCGGAUGCAGGCCGGGGCCAGAGGCCGGUCCUGGCAGGUGUUGCUGAAGAUCCUCGAAAACGACGGCGUUUUGGGCCUCUACGCAGGCUACUCCGCAACCUUGCUCAGAAACUUGCCCGCCGGGGUCUUGAGCUACUCUUCCUUCGAGUACCUGAAAGCCGCGGUCCUGAGCAAGACGAAGCAGGCCCAAAUGGAGCCCAUUCAGAGCGUGAUUUGCGGCGCCUUGGCCGGAGCUAUCUCGGCCUCCAUUACGACGCCGUUGGACGUUGUGAAGACGAGGCUGAUGACUCAGAAUGUGAAUAAGGUGGCUGCUUUCGUGCAGAGUGGGGUUUCGGAGACGGUGAAGCAGAUUCUGAAAGAAGAAGGGUUGGUGGGAUUCACAAGAGGAAUGGGGCCGAGGGUUCUUCAUAGUGCCUGCUUUUCGGCAUUGGGCUACUUUGCUUUCGAGACGGCUAGGCUUGCGAUUUUGAAUGAGUAUAUCAAGAGGAAGGAGUUGCAAGAAAUUGGUGAUGCUCCGGCUUGAUGAUGUUUUUAUGGGGUUUGAAAUCUUCUCUUCCAUAUAUCCCUUUUCGAUUUUCGUUCUCCUUCCUUCUUCUGCUGGUUACAUUUUAUUCAUAGCUGAACUCUUUUUCCAAAACUGGAGCUCUUUAGAAGAACAUGGACUUCCUUCACUGUCCUAUUGUUAAACUAUGCUUCUUCUAUCUGGUGCGUGGAUGAAUUUUAUUACGUGCAUCCCUCCUACUCCCAUCCCAGAAAACAAAGAGGGCCUAUGAUGAAGCCUUCAAAAAAGCACUCAUAGUGCAAUGGUGGGGAGCUGCCUUUACACAAUGACCCAGUAUGGCUAUAGGCAUGAAACUGAGCUUAUCCAAGAAACUAUCAAGACAGUGCUGUAACAAAAUACUCCUGCAUUCAAAUUGUGGUCGUUCUAAAAAGAAGUCAUUGGAAUUGAUUUCAGUCUAAAGAUGGUGCAUUUUAUAUGAGGAAUCGUGGGACAUUUGGGGUACGUAUCCCCUUGCUAGAGUUCCUUGUAACCAAUUUCCCAUAAUUUAGAGUUUACUUGGUAAUUUCUUGCCAGUGUCAAGAGAGGUUUUCUGCAACACAUGGUCAUCUGCAAAAUCAACUUCUUUCCUCAAUCUUGAAGGAAAAUGUUAUGGAACUACUAAAAGGUUCUCGUUGAUCAAUUAAAACAGCUGGGAAAAUUGGCCAGAAAGACUACUUGGUUUGGGGAGUAAAUUGUCUAUUCAACCAGAAAUAAACAUUUUGGGGAAGGUGAUACAGAGAAACCGUAUUGUCAGCUAAUCAAUUGGGAAGCUUUCAGAAAAUCUGCCUGCGGAAGGUUGUGAUUUGGGAUUGUGUAAUGCUGCUUGAGGGUGUGAAUUUCAACAAAAGGUUGAUGAUGAAGAACCUACCAAACUAGUUCAGUCGAACAACAAUUUUGUUUGCCAAAGUUCAAUCCAACGAAGAUGUACAACUUGCAAGGGAUUUUUAAGUUUGAACGUGAAUUCUUCUCUUAAAUACGUGCAAGUACAUUGACUACAUUCUGACCUAAUUAUGCUCCAUUCAAGGUUUCUGCUGGCUGCAGAAGGGGGAUUGACCACGCGCAUCUGCCCUGCUGCUUGGUAUCCCAAAAGUCUUUGUUUCUGUAUUUGCCAUCUUGCAGUUACUGUUAAAAUGCUUUGGGUGGUUUUGGGCUCAUCCUUACUGUAAACUCUGCUAUAAGGUACAGGUUGGUUUAGAGAACACUCUAAAUCCUCUCAUCAGCAUGACAGGACUCUGUUAUAGCUCUGCAAGAGUGGAGCCAGGGAACACAAGAUUGUUUUGACUUGAUGUUGAUCUAAAUCUAUGUCUUGUGUGUCACGAAUCAGCAACUAUGGAUACUGAAGGAGGCUAAUUUCUAUACCUUCAAGUAAAUUAUAUGAAGAAUAUGAAGUAGAGCAGCAAAUUUAUGUACAGUUGGUCGACAGACAAACAUUUAACAUGAUCACGGAGGGAGUAAAUAAUGGUCACCACCACUGGCUGGUUAUUAGAGCGCUCUCUGAUUGUCGGAAGAGCGGAUUGUUAUUAUUUCUCAGAGAUAGAAACAGGGUGUGAAUGAACAGGUAUUCUCAUAUGGAAUGGCCUUCCUAGGUUGCUGAAAUGCCACUGGCUGCUUAACAAAUGAUGCAUACAUGGGUAAGGCUUAGCCGCUGUUUGAAUCUGAGACCAGAUAGAGGACUCAUAUGUUGCUCAAGUCUAAGAUGUAUUCUGGGUUUGAACAAAGGUCACUAUCAGAAAAAAGUGGGAGAAUUUAAGAAACAUGGAAUGCAGUCUUCAGUUUAUGGGGCGAAGCAUUGAGGAUAACUGGCAAAGCAGUGGUCUUGACGAUAAUGCUUGCGAAGAGAAGAAGCUUGCCACUUCUGGAGUACAAAUAACAGAUUAGUAUUCUACUGUUACCACAUCAGUCCAUCCUUUUUGACAUCAGUCCAUCCUUGGCCUGUCAAAAACCAAAAAAAGGAAAUAGAAACUCAGAAAUGCUUGUACGGUCAAUUCCCAGUUUCUUGUUCUUUUUUUAGUUCCUGCCUUCUUGGUUAUUUUUCUAUCUUGUACCGAAGAGGUCAGGCCUCAUAGCCUGUACUGUAAUUUGCAUCUUUAGUGCUAAUAAGUGUUUCUUAUGAAGUUUGAUA